CGCCGGACAGCAUGACUGACACAGUUGGAAAGCCAAUUUCCUGUAAAGCAGCUGUUGCUUGGGAGGCUAAGAAGCCUCUCAGUCUGGAGACAGUUGAAGUGGCACCUCCAAAGGCAGGGGAAGUCAGACUUAAGGUGCAGUCCACAGGUGUGUGUCACACUGAUGCUUACACUUUGGAUGGCUUUGAUCCGGAGGGGAUCUUCCCCAUCAUCCUGGGUCACGAGGGAGGAGGAAUAGUGGAGAGCGUUGGAGAAGGGGUCACCCGGUUUAAAGUUGGUGAUCACGUCAUUCCACUUUAUGUCCCACAGUGCUACGAAUGUAAAUUCUGCAAAAGUCCAAAGACAAAUCUGUGCCAAAAGAUUAGAGUCACUCAAGGAAAAGGUGUAAUGCCAGAUGGAACCUCUAGAUUUACCUGCAAAGGGAAGCAGGUGUUCCAUUUUAUGGGAUGCAGCACCUUCAGUGAAUACACAGUUGUUGCGGAGAUAUCAUUGUGCAAGGUGAAUGAAGCUGCCCCAUUGGAUAAAGUGUGCUUGUUGGGUUGUGGGAUAUCAACAGGAUAUGGAGCUGCUCUUAACACUGCCAAGGUAGAGCCAGGCUCAGUGUGUGCUGUGUGGGGACUUGGAGCCGUGGGCUUAGCUACACUCAUGGGCUGUAAAAAGGCAGGUGCCUCUCGCAUCAUUGGCAUUGAUAUCAACCCAGACAAAUUCAACAUUGCCAAGGAAUUUGGAGCAACUGAGUGUGUGAACCCCAAGGACUAUGACAAACCUAUACAGCAGGUGCUUGGGGAGCUGACAGAUGGAGGAUGUGACUUCACUUUUGAAUGUAUCGGGAAUGUGGCUACCAUGAGGGCUGCAUUGGAAGCCUGUCACAAAGGUUGGGGUGUGUCCACGAUUAUAGGUGUGGCAGGAAGUGGCCAGGAGAUUUCCACACGACCUUUUCAGCUAGUCACGGGAAGGGUGUGGAAGGGGACAGCAUUUGGUGGCUGGAAAAGUAGAGACAGUGUCCCAAAGUUGGUGGAGGAGUACAUAAAGAAAGAAAUUAAAGUGGAUGAAUUUGUCUCUCACACUAUGGGCCUGGAUAAGAUCAACGAGGCAUUUGACCUAAUGCAUUCUGGGAAAAGUAUUCGCUCUGUGAUCAACUUCUGAAGCAGUAUUAUGUGAAGGCCCAAGAAGGAUCGUUUUGGGAGUCUGCAGACAAGAAGACUGACGAAACGCUUAUACUGAUUCAUCUUCAAUUUGUAAUUCAUUGAUUGAAAGCUGACAGAAAAAUAAUUGUAUUUCUUCUGUGUUUUUUUCUGAGAUUAAAACAUUGUUAAUUCGGUGUAAUUUCAUUCAUGACACAUCAAAUUAACAAGGUGCAUUUCAUGAAUAACUGCAUUUAAAUACGACAUGUAGAUAUGUGUGAGGAGGUGAGGAAAGGUGGCGAGUGGGAAAUUUGAGACAAAACGAAACCUUACCAUCAGUGGUGAACUGAUUGGGGUUUCAUACUGAUGAAUAAUGAUCGAGAACAAUUUGUGUUACAAUGUUUGUACAUCACAUUCCAGCAUUAAAAUAAAAAAUGCCUUGAUUCUCUGAAAGAUUUGUGCUCCUAUGUGAUGAACAAUUAUCUUUAGAGGAGGGUGUACCAAGCCUGCAUCACUUGCAGUAUCCUUAACCAUGUAUACUGUAUUCAUGUGUAAUGCCAAUAAAUGUAGUGGAAUCCUGAACACAACAGCAUUCUGGGUUUGCUUCCGGUCUAUUGUCUGACCUAUUGAGAAAGUCAAGUUUAAUCUGGCAACAAACAUUAUACCACAGGUUCACAAAAACACAUUCAUAGUUUGAAGAGAUGUAUAUCAUUACCAGGCUAUGCUUAGCACUUUAGGGAAAGGCCAAGAGCACCAAAUGCCUAGUCAGAAAAUUUGGGUUGCAGCUUUGGCAAGUAUUGUGGAAUUCACCACGCUAAAGAAUUUUACACUCUCACAGAUGCAGAGAGUAUAAUGUAUAAGGAAACAAGCAAGGGGUUACCCACCAGCAUUAGAUUAACUGGAGCAAUCUUUCAGCAUGCCAAAGGUUUUGUGUGGAAAGAUUGAAAGUUCAUUUACACCAUCUUCUAGUCACAUCUUAAGUUUCAACGAAUGGUUAACCUCCAUUGUCGGACAGGAGUAUCCAGCUUGGCCUCUCCAAUAAAAACUGAGCUACUUUAGCCUUUGGCAAGCAUCACUGGAUCAUUCGACAAAGGUUUACUACUCCACAGGAGUUAGACCACGUGGAGAUUACCUUAUCUUCGAUAGAUCAUGCCAUAAGAAUAUAACUUGUAGUGUUUCUACAAGCGUUUAACUUAAAGCUCGAGAUUUACAUUUACACAAAAAUUAGUUGACCAGAUACAAGAUUGUAACCCAUUUUCCUGCGCAAGCAUGCGCUGAAAAUGGAUGU